AGUGGCGGAAAUUCAGGCUUUCAUUUCCGACAAGAUAACAUCUAAGAGCAUGUAUAAUUUCAAAGAAACUGCCCAUUUUGAUAAAAAUAGUUGAUUUUUGACGGGACUCUUUAGAAAUCUUGACCACGCCCUAGUUAAGUAGCAGGAAGAACAAUCCAUUUAUGAUUUUUGAUAUCAAGAUCGAUAUCUCAUCUAAAACAAUUGAUGAUUCAAGAUGUCGACCGAUUACACUUUUGAGAAGUAGUACGUUAAUUUUAUGCAUUUUAUCUUGUUUGCGUCAGUGGGAAAUACAUUUGAAAAUAACUUUUUUUCGGAAGAAUCCGAUGGAAAUUUCGGCUAAUCUUUACGGAAUUGAAAUUAGAUAUACAAUUCACAAACAGUUAUGAUUUUGGUCAAGUAUUGUUUGAUUGAUUAGUUAGUACUGGCUAAUAUUUAAUUAGCUAUGCUGUGUAUAGCUAAUUAGGGUGCUGAGAGGUUAUAGAUGCCCCUAGGGGUAAGAAAGAAAAAUGCAGAUCACCUACAAGCGAAGUGAGUAGAAAAUUUGGCAAUUACGCCCCUUAGAUUAGCUUUGAAUACCUUUUAAGAACGAUUUCUUGGAUAAUUUCGACACGUUAAACGGUUGUCAAUUAUCCGACGAAAGCCCGAAAUACUGAUGUCAUCAAACAAUCUCAUUCAGUUUUCAUUUUUCGUAGCAAACUCAAAUCUUAUAUAAUAUUCUCCACAAAAUACCAAGUUUAAUUUAAAAUGUCUCUGAAGAUUUCUACAAUCAUCAAAUGAACUUAAAAUGUUAGUACCAUAAAAUAAUAGACUUUUAGUACAGGGGGUGCUCUCUCCUCGAUUAGUUUGAUUGGGGGCCCCCCUAAACCCCCAUAAUUUCCGCCACUGUUUCCGCUAAAAUACUCAUUCAAUACUGACGACAGACCUAGAGAAUAUUUUUCUUUGCUGUUAAGCAGCCAAAUAUCUUACAAGGUUUACACAUAAUCUUUAGUGAAAAAGAUUCAGAGUAUGAUAUGACUUUGGAAAGAAAAUACUUCAUUUGUUUCCAUAAACAAUACAAGCUCCUGUUGGAAGUGAAGUGAAGCCACAGGAGGAAACGCGGCGCGUAAAUGUGUUGACAGAACAGAGGACAGUUUACACCUUUACAUGAAGCAUCUCGCAAAUUGUGGGUGUUGCCUCUCUGAAAGGUGCGUGGCCUAUAUUGUCAAGAAGUUAUCAAAACAAAAGGUUUGCAUGGGUAGCGUCUCCAAGCAAAAUGGAAAGUAUGGAAAACGGUUUUGUUCUAGCUACAUCGCCUACGGAUACACCAGUGGAACUCUAUGUUUUACGCCACAAGCUGCAAAUUUGCUCAUCUGACCUAGCCGAGUUACCGCGGUUCGUUCAUGCAAUCAUAAAAAUAUCGUUGUUAGAAGGUUCAAGUCCACAGUUUUUUAGCUUCACUGAGACAGGCUCAGAAUUUACUUUAGUGCUGCCUGAAGAAGAAGUCGAAAACUUUCCGUCUGGGUUGAGAACUUCUGGCAAGUCGUGGAGAGCUAUUACAGUAUCUGCGGGUGCAAUUGUAGGCUUCGUUGAUUUGGCUGGUGUGAGUAAAAUUGCGAAAGCUGUGAUAUCGCCAUUGGCAGAUUGUGGUAUUACGGUGUUUUGCAUAUCUACAUACCAGUCAGAUUUUAUUUUGGUUCAAGAAGCUAACCUUUCACAAGCGAUAGAAUGUCUUGGAAAACGUUUUAAGAUUUUUGAUGAAAAUCAUGCAAAAAUCGGAGGUCCAAAAAGGGGCGCGAUGAUGAAUUCGAUUUUCACCGAUUUGAAGAAAAGCAGCGUUAUUUCAAAGCCAUUAUAUUUUCCUUCAGAAGAUUAUUACGUUACAGGAAUUUCACCUUCAAACUUGUUUAAAGUCACUCAAACAAUGCUCGAGCUCAUGUUUUUCCCAACAAAGAAUAUGCACCCGGAAAUGGGUCGGAUAGAGGCUGGUAUGCAAAAAGAACUGUUUUUCCACUUUUCAAUCAUAGAUGGAGAUGUGUCGUUUAUUUUAGACGAAGACUCAUUGUCCAAGUUUCCCCCGAAUACAAUAUACCAUCCAUCAAGUAGGGAGAAGUGGAAAAUGAUUCAUGUAGGUGAUAGCCCCCUUGGCUUUGAUGAAACAGGAAUUGUAUCAAAUAUAACAGAACCUCUUGCUGCAGCACAAAUUUCCAUAUACUACAUUAGUACUUUUGAUUAUGACCAUGCAUUAGUGCCUGAAGGAGAAAUUGGAACUGUAAAAACUCUUUUGGAAAAGUCGUGGAAUAUCACAAAUGGAACUGGGCCAUGUGACAACUAAGAAUGAAGAAAAGUAAAGAUGGCUAGCAUGUUGGACUGAAUGUAAUGCAAGGGAAAUAAAUGGAACUGGUCCUUAUGGAGGACGAGAACUACAUAGAAAAGUGUAGCAUACAGAUCUUUCAACUCCAGACCUUUCACAUACUUCAAAUCAUCCAUUGAUAUGAAGCCAAGAAAACAAUUCAUUUUCCAAGUUUUGGACUCAGAAGCCUUUUAUAUUCUUUUUGAAAAACAUCAAGUUUAAAUAAGUUUAAAGUCAAGUUUAAAGUUCUAAGAAAUCGUUAGAAAAAAUUGACAAAGACAAUGAAGACUAAAGUUGUUCUAGUCAUAUCCAGUAAGGCCUUUAUCAAGUAAUGAGCACUUUACUUAUUUAAGACAACAAAGAUUUGUUUGUGCCAAUGGUAAUUAUCCCGAAGGUACCUUAGGCUCAAGUUCUAUAUUCAAAAUAAUAUAGAAAUCAGAAUAUGUAUUGCAUUUGGAGUUAGUUUUUCAAAUGAACAAAAUAGUUCAACGAGUGUAGAUAAAUUUUUGCAUUUAUAUGGAUAGGCUCUUGGGCGUGUCAUUUAGUUCUCAAAAAUGAAAAAUUAAACCACAAUCUUCCAUCUUAACUAGAAAUAUGAUUGAAUCCUGUUAAAUUGUGCCAAGGAUAAAAAAAUUUCACUUAUGCAGACAGAUUUUUUAGUUAUUGAUAGAUUUUUCUACAUACUUCAAGUCUUAAAACGAAUCCUGGAUAGGUUUACAAUUUGCUAAGAUGGAUAAGUGUUUCCUUACAACUCUUGAAUAUAGGACUUGUACACAAACUUAUUCUAUACACAGAGAGCAAAAGUGUGUAUUCUCUGAGAAAUUUAGGCAGCCUUUUUAACAUUUAUAGAUAACUAAAACAUGUUUAUACACACAGACAUACACACAGCACUUUGUAGAUAAUAUUCUAUGUAGUUAUAUAAAGGGGUGAGCUUUCAACUUAAUGAAUUAAUUAAUAAUGGGGCUGCAAUGUUCGAAGAAAUAAUUCUUUAUUUUGCUAUUGGAGCUGGUAUAUUUAUAAUUCCUUUUAAAUUACUUUUAUCUGUGUAGAAAAACAUCUUAUGUUACAUUGAGAAUUUUUAGAAUUUUUAGAUCUGAUCUAAAAUUGCCACCAGGCCUAGCCAUGUUAGUUUUAGCAGAGGAGUAGUGAACAGCUCUCCUUCAGUAAUUACCAGGUGAGCUAUUUGUAGAUAAAUAAGAAUAGAGGCAAAGAAAAAUUUAUUUCAAGAGAGCAAUUUGUUAUUUAAAUGAAUUUAUGAGAGCAAUCUGAAGCUUCUCUCCACAAUUUGAGGAGAGCGUGAAGGGGAGCAACAGAUAUGGCUCUCCUCAAACGGCCAGGCCUGUUGAUUUUUGUUUCUUAGAAAAAAAACAUAGCACAGAAUUUUACAGCUUUAGAAUAUACUUUAGCUUAGAAGGUUCAAAUAAGAUAUUCAAAUAAACAGAUUGAUUGUCAAAUGAACAGUUUUCUAACAAAUAAUGCUUAACCAAAGACAUCAAUUUUUAUAUGUUGUGUACUUCUUCUCAAACUUUCCAAAUAACCAUGGUAAAUGAAUGCAAAAUGCAUAUGACUUAGCUGUUAAAUGAUAAAACCUAAAUCUCCAAAGACACGUUUUUGGACCUCCCCUUAAGUAUUCUAUGGAUUGUUUAAAUUUUUGUCUUAAAUUUGUUACAAAACAUGGAGGAUCAUUCACAUAUUCCCUUGCUCACAUUUUGUCUGCCCAACUCCUUCCUUGUAUGUAUGUAAAGGAUAGGCAGAAAAUUAUAUCCUUCUACUUUAAAAUCAGAUUUAUUACACUAGACAUGGUUUUAGCUCACCUAAGGCGUUUCUCAAGUAUUUAGCUGAAAUUUAAUGCAGGAUUGUCAAACUAGAGAGGCUGCAGAACCUUUAAACUGGAGGGCUAAUGCCCCCCCCCCCUACCCACAUCAAUAAUUUUUCAGAUCUGUACUUAAAGCAAUAAAAAAAUCUUUCUUUUGGUCUUUGCAUGUUUAGCUCCCCGAAAAAUUUUUAGUUCUCUUUCCAAUCUGUGAUAUCCUUGUCAAUCCCUGGACUAGCGAGGUUUUUCAAAAUCCCUCAAGCAACCCUUAAUAUAAGCAAGUAAUUGACUAAAAUUAAUUAUGCAUUGAGUCAUGAUGAAUGGAUAGGGUAUACCCUAAGCGCCAAAAUUCGCUGAGUCAUGAUUUUCAUGAAUGCCAUGCUAUUGGUUGACCUGGAACUGGUCACAUGAACUCACCUCGUACUGAUUGACAAAAAAUUUUUCCAUCAAUAGCAAGUUGUCAACAACGGAUGCAAGUGUCACAUGAAACAGCAGCGAUCACGCCGAAACCAAAUGACCCCCUAUAGAGAAGGGAGGUCGGUCCACGAGUGCUGACCCUUCCUGGUACUUUUAUUUAUAUAUUUUAUGCUUCGUUAAUCUGAUAAAAACUGAAGAAUGUUAGGUGUCUUAAAAAGUAAGAUUUAUAUAAAAAAUCAAUUUCUUAAAUGCUGAUCAUGCAAGUGCUUGAACAACUUUUUCUUAAAAAUGCCCAAAAUACUCGCAUGAGCUACUGUUUUUGCAAGCCAUUUCAGAGAUUCACACGCCUCUCCGUGGAACAAGAUUUUCCAAAUGGUUUAUUUUGAUUCUGGUUCUUUUAGUUCCAGUCCAAGGGGGUCGUGUAAUUAAUUUUUAUUUACGUCAAAUACAUCGCUGAACAUAGCUGCCACCUUUUACACCAAAAACCGAUUUCUUCAAGGUAAUUUGGAACAACAUUGACUGUCAAAUAUAUAAAGUAAGUGUUUGUGCCGUCUGUAAACACCGUCACCAUGUUCUAAAUAAAUUUCGGAAUAUCGUUGAUAAGAAGAGAAAUAGAAUGAGACCAAGGACUCUUCCUUGGGGCACACCAAAAUGAAAUAUCCGUCCCGUCUGAAACAACACCGUUUACUUAAUUCAAGCUAUUCCAUAUGUUAAUAAUUUUGCAAAACGAAGCUCCUGAAAGACUGUAGCAUAUCAUUUCAUUAUAUCCAAGUGAACGAAUCGAUCGAACUGUAAGGAUCUAAAAUUCAUAUCAUUUCUUUAUCUUAAUUAUGUCGGCAGCCAAAUAUUUGUUGGGUUACUUCCAUGUUCCAACUUUGUUUUUGUCCAGCCUAUGUAGCUUUAAUGCUUCUUCAAUUUUGAUCAGUGUUACCUUGUCCACCUAAAUUGGUUGCGCUCGCCAAUGAUGCACAAGGAAGCUAGCUACAGUGGAAUCUCGAUAUAACGAACUCUGAAGGAAACUAGAAAAUAGUACGUUAUAUUGGAAGUUCAUUAAACCGAGAGAAGACAUUUUUAGGUCUUUUCGCAGUCAACGCCUAUAAAUGAUACUAUUUUAGGUGGACUUGUUUAGGCUAUCUCAAACUUCUGUGCACAUCCUACUCCAAAACCAAGCUGAAUUAAAUUACCAAGGGCCAGGGAGCAGGAACAAACGAUAGCCCCCUGUUCAGCAGAGAUGUCUCACUUGUUGAAAUGUGAGCUGAGGAUAGAUUGACAAUGUGAUUGGUUUAGUGGCCGGGAUGGCCUUUUUGAGCAGCUUUUUAUGUGCAUUUUUAGUUAGUUUAUUGGUUGGUAUGUUUUCUUCGCUUGAUGCCAAUGGUUUUCCUGAGUAUGGUGGGUUUGGAAGCUGUGCUAGGAUUCAUUGGCCGUGUACAUAUUGCAAUCUAGAUAGCAGAAUAAUGAGUACGAAUAAAGCAACAUCGUUAUAGGUAAACAGAGGUUUAUAUGGCUGACGAAAAGGAAGUGAAGUUAAAGUAUACAGCUAAACAUGUUUUGUUAUACUAUAAUUAAGCAGCAAAAAUAUGUUUUAUUAUACUAUAAUUAAGCAGCAAAAAUACAGCAAAAAAGGGGGGAAGAGAGAGGAAGCAGUGUCAAAAGGUGGAAUGCUGGUACUGCCUCCUUGGCCGUCUUCGCGGGUGUUGAGUAUGUCUGGCAAGGAUGAUGACGAAGGUUUGGGGUGGGGGCAGAGGGAGGGUUUCUAAAAGGGCCUGUGGUGGGUUGAGUUCAGGUAAAUUAAUAGGGGAUGUUGGGACGGGGAGUGGGGUGGUAGGGGUGGUGGCAGAUUUGGAGUGGGUUUGCAAAGAAGUAGGAAAGGUUGGUGUGGAGGUGAGUGGUGCAGACCAGGUAGACAUAGUGGCAGUGGGUGUGGUAAAGAGAGGGUGUGACCGGAGGCCUGGACAAUAGAAGGAUUUGCGGGUCGUUUUUGUCCAGUGGGUAGGGAUUCGGGAGGGACCAGGGGUGGGGUUUGAUGGGUUAAGGUGGGGUGGGUUCGCAGACUUGAUUUUUUUCCUUUUUAGUCCCAGUGAAAGGCAUUUGCCUUGAUCGAUGCAUGCACUAAAAACAUCGUCAGACGCACCAUAAUCUUUCGAAGAGACUAAUUCAUGUUAUCUGUUGCAAACGGAGGCAUACAAAAUGAUGCAAAAUUAAACCACGCAUCAUAUCUUACCUGGCUAAAGAGCUUUCAAACCCAAAGCAUUUUUAGCAUUUGUUGAUUGGUGGUAUUUCUGGGUACUUUAAAAUCUUUAA